AUGCUUACCUCUAGGUACAGAGCCCGCGCUCCUAUUGUCAACUGCCUUCUCAUCCUGCUCGCCCUUCUCGCCAUCCUGAGACAAGCUACAAGUCAUCAACGACCAAGAGCUUCAUUUCAUACUCUCAACCUCACAAAUCGGGCACUUUCCGGUCAUCAAAUCAAGUCAGUAACCAGUACCUUCAAAGACAAAAACGCCUUACUUCUUCGCAAUCUUCACGCACGAAGCACCCAACGUUUCCGCGUUGAGCACAACCAACUGGAGGAACUUUCUGGGAUGUCAUCUUCAUGCAACUUUUGGCAGCGCCAGAAUCGGCGUCGAGGGCACUUUCAUCUGUGUCGUGUACAGACACCACCAGUCUGGGACGUACAGCAGAACGUUGAUCGAGAGUCUGAGAGUGUGCAGGCUCAGCAGGCUGAGCAGGCUGAGGAGGGCGAGGAGGAUGAGGAGGGCGAGAUGGAGGACGACGAGUAUGUAUACCCCGCCGAGUGCUUGAAAGGUCGGUACACACUCCAUGUCCACAUUCUAGUCACCUUGACUUCGGAUAUCCCAUUGCAUGUCUGA